AUGCCUACUUCACGGGAUUCGUCGAUGGAAACUACCGACAGGUUGGUUGGUUUUGUCAUGCACUUUCAGCACUUACAAGAUUACCACAUAUCUGCUGUGUUAAAUUGAAUUAGAUUCUUUUUUCUGAAUCCUCGCGGCGAACCCGAACCUGUUGAGUCAAAAGUUUUGCAACUCACACACAUGCACGAGGGCUGACCAUGAUUGUUAAUUGAAUUAUUUAAAAGCGACCCUUCUUCGCUAGAUUCCUUUUCUUCUUUUCGUCUUCUGCUCGACCAUUCCACUUUUAUCGAGUACUCUCUAGACAAUAUGUCCCCAUCGUAUUUUUCACUGACUCCUGUCAAUCCUUCCGAACUUUCCAUAUCCUGGAGCGAUUUGCGCAGCGAUGAGUAAGUCUUGAAAUGUGAGAUGGGGGGGAGUCUGUGAAUGUUAAUGGUGUAAUUUGAUAGAUAGGAAUCGACAAGUUCAAAAAUGAUUCGAAGAAAAAAGUCUUCAAUAUUCUUCAAACGUGACUUUUGUAGAAUAGAAUUGCAAAAUACGUGCAGGUUAGGUCAGAAUCUAGUUGGGGGUGUCUCUCUUCUUGCAUAAACUUUCGAGACAUUUCACCUCGUUGAUCAUGGGCACAUGUUAAUGUGCUGCUCAUUUUCACACCCACCUCGGUACGUGUUCUCAUUUCCAGUUCAGUUUCUGUACCUCUAAGUGCUCCUAAUAUGAUAUGCGAAAGCGCGUGUUUUUCCGCCAUCAUCAUAGUAGGCUAGAAGUCUAAUUCAUCUUUUCCUGCUUAUCACCCCUCCGCCGAUGAUGGUGGUUUUGCCAGCGCACUAAGUCAGUCUCAAGACUCUUCAGUCUUCAUUUUUCCUGCCAUCUAUCCCGCGGCCAGCGCUAAGUUGUUCGUCGACGACGACUAAAAACUGCCUCCGCACCACACCCGGCAGCAGAUAAUCAAAUUUCAAUAUAUAUAUAUGUAUGUGUUUAUCCGUUUUGUUAGUGAAAGUGGCAAGGGCCCCCCGAUUUUGAUACCCAUUUGAGAAAAAGUGUAAUGGCUAAUGACUACAGGUACCCAUUUGGGUAUACGACCGAGUUGGCUCGUACCGAACCGUCAGCGUCAACAGCCAAACGACUACGACAGAGGUUACAACGACAGCAGAGCGGACAGUCAGGUAGGUGAUACUAAGAAACGAAUGGGAACAUGUGUCCCUUUUAAGUCAGGGUCUUAGAACCGAGAAUGACGUGACUUUUUUAACCUCCAGUGUCAUUUCUUUCUAGUUUGAAAGAAAGAAACAACUGGGAGGAUCAUUGAGCAUUAGUACAUCUUUUCUGGAUACUGACAACUUGUUCGUUCACUGCGCUUCACCGACGUCGUCUUUUCCUCCAUAUUUAGUUUUUAUUUCUUUAUACAUACGCUAUUCUCGGAUUUGACCUAUUCUCAAAAAAGGAAAGUGCAAUGUAUGCUGUAGCGGAAAAUCCGUGAUAAGCGAACAUCAAAUCUUUAAUCUCCGGGGCGCUGACUCAUCUACCUCCCCAAUUCUGACGUUUUUCCGAUAAAUGUGACCAUCCUUAUCAAAUUAUAGGAUUAUCCGGUCGACGGUACACUGGAGAAAGCAGCGAGUGCUCCUCACUUGUCGGAACACCCACGGACACUGGUAGAUCGUUCACAUUCGGAGCGGCGCAGAGAGUUAUGCGGGAACGGUAUGUCAAAUCGGUCCAUACGAGAUAUCAUAAAGUUUGGGUGCAAAUUGAACCCCAGACAGUACCCGGAAAGUAAUCCGAUCUCGUCGAAAUCGUUCUGUGCGGCUAAUUAGUCAUUUGAAUGCGAGAAGUCGAGUCAAAUGUCGCAAAAUACUGCAGCUAAAUCUGAAUAUCAAAUUCCGGCUCAUUUUCUCGGAGCACACGCGUGAUGUGUAUUCGGGCGAGCUCGCAACGAAAAAAAAAACGAUAUUGAGCUAUGGUGUCUCCGGAAAGAACGUUUGUUUUCUUUUAUAUAACUUAUAGAAUAGAAUGAACAAAAACAGAAACACAAAUGAAAUUAGGAAACGAAGAGAAAGGGGGCAGAUUUUGUAGUAAGCAAACUUAAUUUAAAAGUCUUUUUUUGGUCUGAACUAGCCGAACUAUCACCAUUGCAUUGUUUUGUUACGGAGAUCUAUGGUCGGUCAGAUAUAUUGAAGCUGAAACUGAAACUGAAGACAAACGUCAUGCGAUCCUGGUCCACGCGAAACUAUCGUCGCAUUUUUUUCAGCGAUGAUCGAAAACCAUCUGUGACCCAGAACUUGUCAGAAAUAAUGCUCGAGGUGAGUUAGCCAGAAACGGAAAUAUAAAAUAUUCAGAUAGGUCAAGUCUCCGCUUUUCUUUCUUUUAUCCUUGAUUUUUUCGUUCUUCUCUGAAUCCAAUUUUCUGCAUUUGACAUAUUCUUGAGAAGUACUAGCAGAGUAAAGGAAAGUCUUUGCAAAAAAUAUAUGUUGUCUGUUCUAAUUUUCUCAUUUUCAACUUUAAACUUUUGACAAUCUGCAACUUUCGUCCGUUUCUUUUCCCCUCCUACGUCUUCGUUUUUCUGUUCCUUCACUGCUAACAUCUAAUUGACAUUUUCACUAUUUAGCUUUCGUAAUGUAAGCAAACACACAGCAAUGUUUUCCAUUUCCAAUUUCAAAAUACGACUAUCUGUGAAUCGAAAUCUUUGAAUUAAAUUUAAGAAAAACUCUAUUCCAGGCGAUCCACUAUGAAGAUGUGAACUUGAUGGAAAGGUUACUGACGGCGCAUAGUUCGAAGCAACCAAUGUCAACAUCGCCGUCAAUUGGUAAUUCAUAGGACUCGUCAAGCCUGAAUUGAUGAGUCGUCGACACGUCUUCCCCCUUUUCUUUCAGGUAGCACCAACACUUUGACGGAUCUUGCGCAACGGAGACAUGGAGCGGGGGCGCAUCGACGUUCAAAUGCCAGUAGUACGGUGUCGACGCAUUCGGGAGGAAGGUGAGAUAGAAAACAACAAUUUGGAAGAGGGGGGAAAACCUCAGACAUUCUCGUUGGGAUGGAAAAUGUUUGUGUGCUAUGAAAUAUUCAUUUUUUGGUUUUUGAAAGUGGGAAAAGCAGCCAACACACAAGUUCAAAUUGUGACACUUCUGAUGGCGUUUUUCAGUUGAGUGAUAUCAUUUAUAUCAUUUAUCUACCUACAGAUCCACGUGCGCCAUGAUGAACACCUUGCACAUGGCAGUGGCGCAUAAACAACGCGACAUUGUGGAACUUCUCCUCAAAAACGGCUACGAUCCGAACCUCCCGGCAUCAUGUCACUGCAAAGGGAACUGCACGGCCACCGGCAACAUCCCUCUGACUUCCAUCAUCCCAAGGUACCCAAAAAAUCUCUCAAAAAACCUUCAACGCCGUCAUAAAGUACAAGCAUUUCAGUCCUCCGCAAAACAUGUUUCGUGAUAAGAAUUUCUGAACGACUUUUUCUUGACUCGAUCUCGCCCGCACUUCCGAAUAAUUUCAGAACACAUUCGAUGACGCCAGAGUUGUGCUCGACGUGCUCCCAGUUGCGAGUUGUGUCGAUUGUGGAUCAGACGCCGCUCGGAGUGGCUGUGCGGUCGCAAUCAAGCGAGUUGAUAGCACUGCUCAUUGCAUACGGAGCGGAUGUUAAUUUGGGUGUGUUUUGGAUGUUUUUCUGCGAGAGACUUGUGGCGCAGAGUGCGCAAAGGACGGAAUUGGUAUGGGACAUUAGUCUCAAAAAUGCUUUUUCGCUCUGUCAGUUCCCUGUCAUGAACGAUUAG